GGGCUCGAACCCACAAACCAUGAGAUACCAUGGCCUGAGCCAAAGUUUGGACACUUCACCUACUGAGCCACGCAGGCGCCCCGAAAUUUUCUGAGUUAACCAUAAUAGUAAGUAUGAGACUACUUGUUUUUGAAAAGCUGACAUGCUCUUAGAUUUUCUACAACACUCUCACAUUAAUUGUCUUUAUUAAUCCUCACUUUAGACCUGUGAAGGAGGUAUUAGCCCUUCCUUUACCAAAAAGUCCACCAAAGCUCAGAGAGGCUAUGUAAUUUGCACGAGUCUUCACAGCUAAACAUGUAAAUGAUAAGACUAGGGCUACAACUGAUUUAUUAACCACUUUGUCAGACGCUGCUAGGAAGUAUGGGUUUUUAAGAAGUUAUAGUCCCAAGGAAGGAGAUAGUAAGCAGAUAAUUAAACACAAAGGCUGUGAACCGGCAGCCUGCGAUCCAUAUUUGGCUAACAGAUGAGUUGUUUGGUCUACCCAGUGUAAAACAAUUUUGAAUUGGUUUCCAGCAUUUCCCUGGCUCUUUGUUUAAGGUACUGUUUACAUACAAUAGAAUUCACCAAUAUAACUGUGUAGUUGUUGAAUUUUUUUUAACACUUGUGUAACCACUACCACAAUCAAGAUACAGAACAGUUCCCUUCACUUUAAGUUUACUUGUAUCCUUGUGUAGUCAGCUCCUUCCUCUGCCCCAGAAAUCUCAUUUAAAAAUUAAGAUAUUUUCACAUUAAAAAGCUGGAUUUAAAAGUUGCAAACCCUGGCAAUGGAGAGAACUUCGAGAACUGCAUUCUCAAAGGGCAGCAGUCAGUCAUUAGCUUGCUGCUUUUCUUAUUUGUUUGCAGCUCCCCAGGGUUGAUAUAAAAUGCUGCCGCAGAAGUGUGUACAAAGUGCCUUAGGGAAAUAGAGGGCAGUGGGAUCAACCCUGGAAAAAGCUGCAUGGAGCAUCUGGCCUGGAAAGAUGAAGUUCACAGGACUUCCCAGAAGAGCAGCUGGGAACAAAUGUAUUUUAAGCCAGGGAGAGUUAGAAGGGAGCUCCUGGGAGGAGGAGGAGGUGCUGUGAGGGAUAGGAAGGCAGCUGUGUGUGUGUGUGCACGCCUGUGUGCGUGUGCUUCACUGGUUAUUUUUGGCAGGAUAGGCCCCUAUGAAGUGGAAGAGUUUUGUGUAGGUGUAUUCGUGUUUGUGUGCCAUGGUUUCUGAAAGUUUUAUAGAUCUAAGAAACUUCCAUCUUUUUAUCUGUACAUGUGAUGUGGGGAUUUUUAUCAUUUUUUGUUGUUACAACGGGGAGGGAAAAUUAUUAUUUUUAUUUUUGUAGGAGUUAAAGGUCUGCAUUUGGUGCGUGGGCUUUUUUGUUUCUAGGAAGAGAAUCGCCUAGUGAGAAUAAUUACUCCCUCUUUCCCUGCCCCCUCACUAUCUCCUUCUGGCCAGCCUGGCUGGGGCCUGGCUGAGCAGUGAGGCAGGCAGCAGGUGGUGAGGGGAUAGGGCAUUUUAGGCCCUCAGUGCCCGCCUAUCAGCUUGCAACUCAGCCUGAGGCCACAGUUCGCUACUGUGCUACUAAAUUACCAGCGACGCCAUGGACAGGCUGGGCUCCCGGUGUCCUCUGCCAGGCUACCUGCGGCCCUCUGUCCUUAUAUGCCUCCUGAUCCUGGCAGCUUCUUUCCUGUCCUGUCCAGUGCUCAGGACCCUUAGCCUGCAGCUCCAUUCAGCUAUCACCAGCAGCUACGUAUCCGGCACUUACUCCAUCGUCUUUGUCAACUGUCCCAACGAGCAGAUUGCCAGAGAUAUUGCCAGGGCUAUACUGGAUAAGAAGCUGGCUGCCUCUGUGAACAUCCUGCCCAAGGCAUCCUCACUGUACUUUUGGAAUGGAGAAAUAGAAGAAGCCACUGAAAUCCUGUUGCUAAUAAAGACAAAGACUUCCAAGGUCCGCAUGCUGUUCAGCUAUAUCAGGUUGGUGCAUCCUUUUGAAAUCCCAGAGGUCUUCAGUCUUCCCAUGGACCAAGGAGAUGUGCGCUAUCUAAAGUGGCUGGAGGAGGGCACGGGGGAGGACUGAGAGGGGGCGGCUCGUUGCAGGUCCCGCCGGCUGCCUCUAGCCUGCAGCAGCCGCCCUCUGGGGAGGCGGGGGGCCUCUAGCUGCCUCCUCGCAUCUCUGGAGCCUGUGUCUGUGUCAGCGCGGAAGAGCUGAGGAGCUUGAGGAGGUGAAGGUCUGAGGCCCCCGAGGCUGGAGGAGGAGGCCGGGUUGGUCGGGCCAUGCAACGCAAUGGAACUGGAUUCUGAGUGCUUCAUGCUUAAAGGUGGCCAUGGGGUGGGAGGGUGAGGGCAGUUAUAUGGGGGGGGGGGGAGGGCCCAGGGGAGAUGGCAGUGAGGGUGACGUUUGUCAUCUCCUGCAGUUACUGGGCCUACCUUGCGUGCCCAGGAUGCAGGAAGAAGACCUGGUGACCUGUUCAUCCGGUGUGUGGGAUGAAUGUCACUUUCUAGGGGAGCUGGCAAGCACUUUAUCCAAAAGGAUGAAAUGCUAAUGGUGGGGUUUCAGGGACAAGCAGGGUUAUUUUUUGUAACUAAAGAUGGUAUUUGUUAUUCCUGAAUGGUGGGAAUGGGCUUUGUGAUUGGGGAUAGGACUGCAGGAGUAUUAGGGCUUAGACACAGCUUCAUGGGUGGAAAUAGGUCUAGACUCCUCCUAGCCUGAAUGUGACAGGUAUCAGAAGGUUCUGGUGCCUUGCUCAUUAGAGACCUAGGUUCUGAGCCCAUGGUACUAACCUGGUCACUUGAGCAUUGAAACUGAGCAUCCUAAAGUAGGAAAGAACCUUGGGGAACUGCUAGACUAGGGUUUUUCAGACUUGUUCCCCUGAGCUAGCGGUCAACAGAAGGUACGGUACCCUGGGUGCUUCCUGGGUGGGGUAAGGGUAUGAGACCCGCUCCCCACCCGUACCUCAACCAAUAUAUACCUCAACCAGUAGAACUGUCUUGUAUCACUUUUAUGUAUUGAACUCCCUUGUAAGUUUUUUUGAGUUUUCUUUGAUAAAAGCUGGUAAACCAGG